AUGAAACUUGAGAAAGCAUCUAAAGAAGAAAAGAAGAAAGAAAAAGACUUACGUAGGCUUGAGAAGGAAGAACGGAAGACAGCAAAAGAGGAUCGCAAGGAUCGAAAGAGAGGAUACGAAGAUGAUCGAUAUGAUGAUAGGGAUGGUUAUCAUUCUAAAGGAUAUCAUUCAAGAGAACCUCUUGAUGUCCGUCAUCGUCGUUCGUCACCUGAUCAACAAGAUCAUAGACGAAGAUCUCCGUCUUUUGAUCAUCAUCACCGACGCCCUUUAUCUCCCGAACACUCCCACCGACGUUCUGCAUCUCUACCAAAUCGUGAAAGGCAUCAAAACAGAAAUUCUGAGAGUCGAUCUCCACAACGAAGAAGACUAGUUCCUCAUUCAACCCAACCUAUCUCACCACCAAGGCGAGAUUACCCGAACAAACCCCAUUCCACCAAAGCAUCCAAACUAGCAGCAAUGCAAGCCAAUGAUCAAAGUUUGAAUCAAUCAAGAUCACAAAGAUUAAAAGAGUUAGAAAAAGAAGAUUUAGAGAGAUUGAAAGUUGAAGAAAUUGAAAGAGAAAAGAAUCAAAUCAAAUCAGGUGGGAUUGGGGAUGGGUCUAGAGCUAAAUUUGUUAGAGAUCAAGAAAAGAAAGUGUUUUUUGGUCAAAUGGAUUUGGGUGAACGUGUUAAAAGGAGUGGUGGGGUUGGAAUGAUGAAAGAUGUGGAAUGA